AGAAACAAAUGACACAUCUGCAGUCCAAAACAAGCCGAAACAAAUGACACAUCUGCAGCCCAAAACAAGCCGGUUAGACCUCAUUUAGAUUCAGGGUUCAAAUUGAAUUAACCUAUUGCUCAGAUUUAGGGUUCGAACUUAAGUCCCAUGCACUGAAACUCGGAGGUCUCUGUCCUCGCUGCCUCCGCUUGCCACUGCUCGUACGUCUCCGCUUGCCACUGCUCUCAUAAGGGUAAGAAGAUGUCGAAUGCUAUUGAGGAUUAAUUAGGAUGGGAAAGCUAGGGAAGAACGCGAGGAAGUUUGCCAAGAAGAAUCUUCCGUCAGUGCUUCGAGAUCGCCGGAAGAAGAAAGCUUUAUUCAAAAAGAGAUAUUCAUCCAAAAAUGUGCAGAGUAAUGUUGAAGACCAAGCAGAUUUAACACUCCACUCUAAUGAAAGAAACACUGAAGUUGAAGCUGCUUUUGAAGACUUGCCUCUUGAUGCACCAUUCAUGGAAAAUGACUGUGAUGCUUUCGCUUAUUCUUCAGACAGUGAUGGAUACCUUUCAGAGGAUAUAUGGUUUGAAAAUGAAACAGAAAGUGAGCCUGGGAAACUUUUAGAAGGUCCAGACUUACAGCCCGUUUGGAUAAGAUUAAAAUCUGGUGACAAAUGUACUAGUGAAUUGAUGAUGCAGAAUAUAAAAAUUCAGGAAAAUGUUGCUGUACAGAAGAGAAAGCUGGAAAGGCUGAAGAGGAAGGAUCCAAGUUUCUCUACGUUCUUAGAAAGACACAAGGAGGACAUUGAAGCAAUGCAAAAUGGAGAAGUGUUCUCAGAUGAGGAUGAGACGAGUAAUCCUGGACGAGAAUCAGUGACUGAAGACAACCAAGGUAGAAACCGGGGAAGAGUUUUGACAGUAUCUGCCAUUAGUUCUUGGUGUCGACUGAUCUUAGAAGAGAAUAAGCAGGCAGCAUUUGUUUGUUUAUUAAAUGCUUAUCGAGCAGCAUGCCACUAUGGAGCUGAAUCCAUUGGCCUAAGGUUUCAGAAUGCUGAGACAUUCGGCAACUUAGUAACGUCUGUUCUUUCCAAAGCAGAUAAUAUACUUUGGGGGCUUUUGGGGAUAUCAUCCUCCAGUUACAAGAAAGAAGCAAUAUUAGAGCUGAAGGAUACCUCACAAUGGGUUAAUGUGAAACCUCUCAUCAAAUCUUACUUAAGGAGCACAUUAUCUCUGUUGGAUCAGGUUACUGAUUCAGAAAUUCUGGCUUUCGCUUUGACUCAUCUCAGGGAUUCUUUACUAUUCUUUGCUGCUUUCCCAUAUCUUUUGCAGAGGCUCAUUAAGACGACAAUACAUUUGUGGGCUACAGGUGGGGGUAUGCUAUCAUCAGCGUCUUUUUCGAUCGUACGGAAUGUGGCCUAUCUAUUUACAGCUGAUUGUUUUGACAAUUGCUUAGCAAAAGCUUUUGUUGCUUAUCUUGCUCAGUCGAGAGCUACAGAAAUUGUCAAUAACAAACAUUUGCAGUUCCUAAGAAAUUCCUUAGUUGACUUGUGCUCCCUAGAUGUUCAAAAGUCAUUGUCUAAAGCCACCGUGUCUGUCCGUCAGCUUGCAAAAGUAUUGCAGUGGGGUUUGCGUACAAAGAAAAAGGAAGCUCUUCAAAGGAUCUGCAGUUGGGAGUAUGCCAAUUGUAUUAAUCUCUGGGUUGGUUUUAUAGUGGGCAAUGUACGGGAUUAUGAUCUUCAGGCCUUAUUCUUCCCUAUGGUUCAACUUAUAAAUGGAGUGGUGCGCCUGUUUCCUGGACCGAGAUAUUUCCCUUUAAGACUCAAUUGCAUUCAAUGGCUUAAUGAUCUGUCUAAUUCUACUGGAGUUUUCAUCCCUAUUGCUUCAUUUAUGUUGGAUGUUUUGGAAUACAAAAUAGUCGGAGAGCGUGGAAAACCUGGAUCUGCUUGCUUCUUUCACUCUGUUCUAAAGUUGCCAAAGAAUUGCUUAAAUUCUCAAAUGUUCCAAGAUGAAUGCAUUACAUCUGCAAUUGAACAACUAUCAUCACACUUUUUACAAUGGAGCUACCACAUUUCUUUCCCUGAGUUAACAACUGUUCCACUCAUCCGUCUGAAAAAGUUUUUUGAGUCAAAGACAAAGGAAAGUUUAUGCCGUGCGGUAAAACAUUUGAUUGAGCAGGUGGAGAAAAAUGCCGAUUCUGUGCAAAAGGAAAGAGAUGAGGUUGCAUUUUCACCAAAUGAUCAUCAAUCUGCUGAAACAUUUCUUCCGUUUGAGAGGUCCAGUCUCAGUUCUCCAUUUUCUCAGUGCUACAUAAGUGUACUUGAAAAGGCUGCUCUAAGGGGCUCGCAUAAGAAUGGAAAGAUUAGUUUGCCAAGACGAGAUAAAUCAAAGGGUAAAAGAGAGCACCCCCUAAAGAUUGCAGCGGUUGAUAGUUUGAUCAAUGGUUCAGGCCACAAGGAUCUGGAUACUGUUAAUGGAACAAAGAAGCGAGUCCAAAAACUAGCUCGUAAGGCAUAAUCGUUGUAACAUUUUUUUGGUUGCUAUAGGUUUGGAUAAUUUUCUAAUUGGUCCUACCAGGUUUGAAUUUUGUGCGUCGAUUUUUUCUCCCUUAACCAUUUUAUGAUGUUCUUUAACUGGGUAAAACUCAACUUUCUUGUUGCUUAUUUUUUAUAAAGGAAAUUAGAAAAA